UCAGUUAACGCAUGUGAUCGAUGUCUUCACCGUUCUAAAGCAUCUUAUUUCUCCUCUGCUUCUGCUCUCUCUUCUGGAGCUUGUGCUUAUGGCUCUAUGGCUACUAGAUUCUUCGCCGGGCACAUUGCGGCGGCUACACCUUCAAUCUACAAAGAUGGUGCUGGAUGUGGAGCUUGCUUCCAAGUCAGAUGCAAGAACCCUAAGCUAUGUAGCAGUAAAGGAACCAUUGUGAUGGUCACAGACUUGAACAAGAGUAACCAAACCGAUCUUGUCCUUAGUAGCAGAGCUUUUAGAGCUAUGGCUAAACCUGUUGCUGGUGCUGACAGAGAUCUUCUUAAACAAGGCAUUGUCGACAUUGAUUACCAAAGAUUCUUCGCCGGGCACAUUGCGGCGGCUACACCUUCAAUCUACAAAGAUGGUGCUGGAUGUGGAGCUUGCUUCCAAGUCAGAUGCAAGAACCCUAAGCUAUGUAGCAGUAAAGGAACCAUUGUGAUGGUCACAGACUUGAACAAGAGUAACCAAACCGAUUUUGUCCUUAGUAACAAGGCAUUGUUUAUUAGAUAUUGA